CAACUCGUCAACUUUUCUUCCCUGAUAUUCCUUAUUAUUUCGUAUCUGGUUUUAGACAUCACACGUCUUUCCUAUACAUCGUCUCGACUUCUUUUAUCUUUUAUUCGUUAAUUUCCUUCAAUCAUUUCUCUCAUUAUCUUUAUACCCGUCUCACACACAUUUUCUCUUAUAUGAUACAUCAAGUUUCACUUCCCUAAAUCCCACCGUGAACUUGCACGAGCACCAACCGAACGGAGGUUUCAUCAUCACACCUGGCUAUGUCAAGUCUCCAAUACCUUUACGCUUCUAAUGGCGACCGUCCUGAGCUCAAGACCAACAUGGGCGUGGAUUAUGUAAUCCAUUACAAGGUCUCUGGCGAUAGGGCUGAAGCUGAAGCUGGUUUUAUCCAACUAAUUGAAGCUCUCACUGAGGUUGGGCUGGCUUCCGAAGUUAGGCGCGGUGAUGAUUCGUCUGUUUUAGUAUUCGUCAAGGUAGCAUCUGAGAAGUUCCUCACUAAUCACAUCUACCGUGAACGAGUACAGGAUUGGCUCUACGGUGUCAGAAUCACUGCCCCAGAUAAGGACGUAGGCAAGGAAUUCGUCAACCAGUCCAUCACCGAAGCUGAGCGACUACGUACUGUCUACCUACUAAUCAGCAAGCCCAAGAACGAAGGAGGUGCGGGUAUCACUCCCAAACUUGGUCAAUGGAAGGACGUUCUGUCCAUCUUCCCACUUCACAAUCACGCAUUCAACCGCCAGUGGAUUAAAGAAUGGAGUACUAGAUACUUCCUCAGCGAUAAAGAUCUCGACGAGAUUCGCGACAAGUUUGGCGAGAGCGUGGCCUUUUACUUCGCCUUCUUACAGUCCUAUUUCACCUUCUUAGCUUUCCCUGCCGCAUUUGGAUUCGGAGCGUGGCUUAUUCUUGGCCGUUAUUCUUGGUUCUUCGGAAUUAUUAACUCUCUUUGGACUAUUAUCUUCUUCGAAUGGUGGAAGAAGAAGGAAGUUGAUCUCGCUGUCCAAUGGGGUGUCCGCGGCGUCUCUCGCAUCCAACGUCCUCGAACCCAAUUUAGGUGGGAGCAUGAAGCGGCGGAUCCAAUAACUGGCGAAGCUGUGAAGGUUUAUUCUCCGAUGAAGAGAUUACGAACUCAAUUACUGCAGAUCCCUUUCGCCCUAGGCUGUCUGGCACUCCUUGGGGCUCUUUACGUUUUCUGCUUUUCCAUCGAGAUCUUCCUUGGAGAAAUCUACAAUGGCCCUUUCAAGUCAUAUCUGACAUUCACUCCGACAAUUAUCCUCACCGGAGGUUUACCUGCGCUGUCGACUAUCCUCGGGAAUUUUGCGGAAACACUCACAGAUAGGGAAAAUUACGAGACCGUCGAUAAGCACCAUUCCGCUUUGGUUCAGAAGCUAUUCAUUAUUAACUUCAUUACGUCCUAUACCCCUCUUUUUCUGAGCGCUUUCGUCUACAUGCCCUUUGGAAACUUGCUAGUACCGUAUCUCGAUAUUUUCAAGGCUACGGCUGAGAAAUUUUCCAGUGAGGACUCGAUUACCACCCUGAGCUUCCAAGUCAACCCCGAUCGCCUAAGAAAUCAGAUGAUCUACUUUACUGUCACGGCGCAGAUUGUCAAUUUCGCACUCGAAGUUAUCGUGCCCUAUGUGAAACGAAAGGCUUUCCAAGAAGUUGAGAAGGUCCAAUCCAAGGGAAAGGCCUCAGCACCCGAUGAUGUGCCCGACGAGCACGCUUUUCUUGAGAGGGUCCGCAACGAGGCACAGCUUGAUAUUUACGAUGUGACCGUUGACUACAGAGAAAUGGUUGUCCAGUUUGGUUUCCUAUCCCUCUUCUCGGUAGUCUGGCCUCUCACUCCUCUUUGCUUCUUCGUUAAUAACUGGGUUGAACUUCGGUCUGAUGCGAUGAAAAUCGCUGUCACCACUCAGAGACCCAUUCCUUGGAGGGCUGAUUCGAUUGGACCUUGGCUCAACUCCCUAGGGUUCAUAUCAUGGUUUGGAACUCUCGUGAGCUCUGCGAUUGUUUAUCUCUUCAGCGGCGAGACCGAGGGACCUGGAGGUGAUCCAUCCAACAUCGUUCUUUGGGGUCUUCUGUUGAGCAUCCUUGUCUCCGAACAUGUAUACUUGGCCGCGCAGUUCAUUGUCCAGUACGCACUGAGCCAGAUGGACAGUCCUGGGUUGCAGAAGGAGAGGGCCGAACGAUUCUCCAUGAGAAAGCAAGUACUGGAGGAAAGUCUAGGACCUGAAGCCACAGAGAAAUUGUUCCCUCCCACGCCAGCCGCCGGUGAGCUGAUUACCCGAGAGUCGCUAGAAAACGAAGCUCGAAGGAUAUCCGUAUCGGGCGGAGGGACCCCCGAUAAAUUGUUCUGGUUAAGACAGCAAGGCAUGGACGAGACCAUCCAAAUAGGCCGUAGCUUGAUCUCCCAGACGAAUGUGGCUAAGAACUAGGUGCCUGAGCCGCUACGUGGUA